AUGACGACCACGUCAUCGCCCUUUGUCUCCAGCCUGCGCACCUCUUUAGACGCAGCAGCAGCAACAACCGUAGCCACUCCUGCUUCCUCUGAUAACAAGUCCGCCAUGCUGUCCAUGUUCUCCGGUCUGGAGUUGGCUCUAGACGGCAGCUGCGCUGUUGUAUCAAGCAGCAAAUCUGCCGCCAAAGAUCUGCUGGCCUCCAAGAGUACCGAACGACAGGCAGAGGUCGAGUCAAUAGCUGCACAGGCGCUCAAGAGACAGCAACAGAAGGAACGACAAAGGCUCGAGGAGAAGGAGCAGCCCGUCACAGCGUUAUGUCAAGCUAUGGCCUUUUUUGCUCAGGAAGUUGACGAGCACGAGUCAUUUGUGUCGCGCUCGACGAGGCGGCGACACAAAAGUAGCAGUAAGAGGAACACGCGAGUCGGAGCAGAGACUCUUGGCGCUCCUCGUGGCCGUCGCCACCGACAGGUAAAGUACAGUCGGGUGUAG